AUGGGCAAGCAUAUUGCAAGUGCGAGGCAGUAAGCAAGUGAGAAAGGGAGAGGAGAGACGGUGCACGCGACAGAACGAGCAGAAGCCAGAAUGAGCAGAGCGAGAGAGGGAUAAAUGGCAGGGAUGAUCGACAACACUUUGCCGUCUGCAGCUCGCUAUCUUUCAGUCCACAGCUCUGGAGAAAAAACAAAAUACACUAUGGGAUUUCUGAAUCUGUUUCAUUUUAGGAGGCUUGGCAUUUCUUUCAUUCUUUUUGCGUUCACUUCACUGGCUUUUUUCCCCUUGGAUUUGUCCUUCGUCUGGCUUUUCCAGAAGUCUGCAGAAAAGGACAGUUGAAUGCAGUCACUGAUGUUCACAAAAGAAUGGGUUUUCAUUCCAAGGUGGCCAUUGGUGGGACAAGCACCAGCAGCACUUUGUGUGAUCAGCAUGCUACUGUGCCUCCCUCCUGCGUCAUGCACAGCCUGCCCUCAGAAAUGCCGCUGCGAGGACCUGCAGUUUUACUGCGACACGCAGGGACUCCUGGCGCCCCCAGACGGCGUGGACAGAGGAGCCCUGGGACUCUCGCUCCGGCACAACAGCUUUACGGAGCUGAGCCCUGACCAGUUCUUUGGCUUCACACAGCUGACCUGGCUCCACUUGGACCACAACCAAAUACACACUGUGCAUGGAGAUGCCUUCCAGGGGCUCUACAAGCUCAAGGAUUUGAACCUGAGCUCCAACCGCAUCACAAAGCUGCCGAAUACAACCUUCAUCCACCUCAUCAACCUCCAAAUCCUGGAUCUAUCCUUCAACCAGAUGACCGCGCUGGAGCCCGAGCUCUUUCACGGGCUUCGGAAGCUCCAGAUCCUCCACCUGAGGUCCAAUUUAUUGAGGACUAUGCCUGUGCGGGCCUUCUGGGACUGCUGGAGUCUGGAGUACCUUGGUUUGAGCAACAACCGGCUCCGGAGCCUGGCUCGGAAUGGAUUCGCGGGGUUAAUAAAGCUACAGGAGCUCCAUUUGGAACACAACCACUUGACUAAGAUCAAUCUGGCCCACUUCCCACGUCUUGUCACUCUCCAGUUCCUCUAUCUGCAGUGGAACAAGAUUAACAAUUUAACGAGUACCAUGGAGUGGGAGUGGACCACCUUGGAAAAACUGGAUCUAACCGGGAAUGAGAUACGCACUCUAACCCCUGAAGUGUUUGAAACUUUAUCGAACCUUAAGGUUCUGCUGCUAGAUAACAACAAGCUGAGCAGCCUCGAUACCCAAACCAUGGAUAUGUGGAAGUCCCUGAACACCAUCGGGUUGUCCAGCAACCUUUGGGAAUGUACCAACAGAAUCUGCAACCUGGCAAGCUGGCUUAGUAAGUUUAAAGGUCGAUGGGAGCAACCCAUCCUGUGCCACAGUCCUGAGUACACACAGGGUGAGGAAAUACUGGAUGCUGUUCAUGGAUUCCAUCUCUGCCAAAAUAUCUUAGUACCUAUUGCACCAACCAGCACCAUGAAGGAGACCACAUUACCCCAACAGUUCACUAGAUCUUUGUUUGGGAAUAUGCAGACGCCAACACAGGACUUCUAUAAAGAGAAUCUUGGGAGCUUUAGUAUUUUCACCACUCCUGCCAUAACUUCCAAAUCUACACCAACUGCAACGGCUAACACCGCCACCACCACCACCCUCACCACCCUCACCACAGAGGAGCUGGAAGAUGUUACCGACAACUCUGCUAUAAUGGACAACAUGGUACUAACCCAGACAAUAAUUGUAGGUACCAUGGCUCUUUUGUUUUUCUUCUUUCUCAUCAUUUUCAUAGUGUAUAUCUCAUGGAAGUGCUGCCCGCACUCUAUCCGACGAACCCAACACUGCUUGACCAUUCAGAACAGGCAACAGAAUCGGACACAGGAAAGGCAGCCGAUGGCAGACCCGGCCACGCAGCUGCCCUUUAACGAGUACGAGCUGACUCACAACGACGGCGCACUCGUAAUCAUAAACGGCUACGGACAGUGCAAGUGUCAGCAUCCGUCUUACAAAGAGUGUGAAGUAUAAACACUAUUUAUUUCCACAGAUGAUCCAUUGACAAUUUUGUCCAUUUCAAAAAAGACCUGGUUUGUUUCUGAAAUUUUCAGUUUGUAAAGAAAAAAAUGAAACACAUGCUUUUUUC